AUGUCCCAUCAAUCAGGAAUAAUCGCAACCGAAGAACUAGCUUCGUUCUUAGCCGAUUCCAAGGAUGGCAAUAUACGAUUUAUUAAAGUUUCUAUCAGAGAAGGUAAAACGUCUGGUACUUUCGACUUCCGGCGAAUUAAAGAAAAGACUCCAUGCUAUAUUUUUUAUAGGCUUGACAGAAAGAGUAACAUUGGAUACGAAUGGCUAUUUAUUAGCUAUUCUCCUGAUAACUCUCUUGUCAGGCAAAAAAUGUUGUAUGCGUCUACUCGAUAUACAGUCAAAAGAAUCUUUGGAGAUAAUCAUAUUAAACAAGAAUUAUUUGGCACAGUUCCGGAGGAUGUGAGCUUAGCUGGAUUUCAUAAACAUCUAGAAUCCGCCAAUGCCCCACCACCCCUGACAAUGGCAGAGGUUGAAGCUCAGGAAAUUAAGAAAAAUGAGGUUGGAGUCGAAGUUGGCAUUGACACAAAACAAUCAAGCAUGAAAAGCGUAUUUUUUCCAUUCAAUCCUGAUGCUAUGGACAAGAUACAGGAAUUCAAAGAUGGAAAUAUUAACUACUUGCAUUUGGGUGUUGACACUGGAAACGAAAAGAUCACAUUAGAGAAUACUGACAAUAUCAGCAUAGCACAGUUAUCGAGUAUGGUUCCAAUUGCUCACGCCAGUUAUCACCUCUUCAAUUAUAAGCACAUCUACGAAGAUAACGAAGUGGAAUCAACAAUUUUUAUCUAUGCUGUACCUGUAAGCAAAUCGUCAAUCAAAGAGAAAAUGUUAUAUUCUACAUGUAAGACACCGGUUAUUCAGACGAUUGAAGAACAGUUUAAAAUUUGCAUUGCUCGUAAGCUCGAAACUGAUGAUGCUUCUGAACUAACUGAAGAGUAUAUUAUGAGCGAAAUCCAUCCAGUCAAAGCUGAACAGAAAAAAACUUUUGCAAAACCACAGGGCCCGAAUGCAAGACGAGGCCAAAGACGCAUUACUAAGACUUAA